GGAGUCAACAGUGAGGGGUGGGAUGGAACAACAAAAAGCCCGGGUCGAAAGGGGAAUAGCGCCGAGCUCUGGAAAGUUUACGUCUUGGCGCUAAGAAAACAAUCGAUUUGUAUGUGUGUCAGAGAGGGGCAGAAUUCUUGGUGAAGGCGUUCGUUCUGGCUGGAGAGAAAAACCCUUGGUAGGGUGUUUUUGAUAGUAGAGAAGCACAGUACAUAGGUUGUUGAAUUUAAGAUGAGAUCUUCUACAACUAUAGGCAAUAGCGCCUUGUGGCUGGGACUAUUUUUUCCUGGUAACUUAAUACCUGAGUGAUGACGCAGAGUACCUAGGUAGGACAGGGCUAUUCGAUGGCAUACGGCGGUGAUCCGGGGGGUUUCGCCCUAAAGGUGAAAAUAAAACUAAAUGUGUGGGUUAAAAAAAAUGAAAAAAACAAUAUAACACUUUGUAGAAAGGCAUUAAUUAAAGAGACAGCCUCUCUAGCUAGGGGCGUACUCUGUAGGAACCUCAACCCUCCACGCCUCACAGCACGAAUCCAUCCACUGCUCCCCUCUCCACUACACUACCACCACCCACUAAUAGAAUACCUUUUUUUUCCUUCUAGUUUACUUCCUUUUUCCUCUGAGGAUUACAAGCCCUCUUUUUCUUUCCAUCUGUCUUGCCUUGACUGUCUGGCCGUGUCCCCCAAGGACACCCUUUCCUACCCACGCUUGCCCGACAAGGCUUGUUUAGCAGCGCAUGCCUCGUUAUAUUCCCACGGGUUGCCUGCCGAAAUAAUUGCUUCUCCUCUCCCCUGCUGUCCUUUCUUCCUUUCCUUUCGCCUCGCUCGCUGUCCGUCAACCACCCUUCCCUUUUUUUUUGUGUCUGGUGGUUGCCGUCUUGUCUGUCUUGUCAUCCGCCCUGGUCCCUCUGAUUUUCUCGCUUCCGCUGCCCGCUUUCAGCCACAAUGAAUGUCACGCAGGUGUUGGAAGGCACCCUGUCGCCAGAUGCCGCGACUCGUCAGAAUUCU